GCUUAGUCCUCAACAAGCCGCGUCGGCCGUGGCACCCGCGUAAAGCUCAUACUAUUUACAGUACAGUAGGUACCUAAAAACCUAUUAAGGCAGUUCUCGUGUGACGAAAGUGGUGGUACUUCGAUUACAAUUAUUAAUUCUAGGUACGAUGGCGAGGGUCUUCGCCAUAGUGCUGGCGUUAUGCAGCGCUGCGCGCGGCCAGGGCUACCACGACCACGGCGCGGCGUCGGCAAACGCUCGGGUCUAUUACCUGGAGGACAGUUUAAGCCCAGUGCAGAAAUUUGACGCUGUCUUGGCCACGGCCUCUGCGUUUUCUCCUUUGCCAGCUAGGUUACCUGUAAACGGAUUUGGCGGACCAGCCCCACCGGGACAUCAGGCCGGCAGUCCACUAAACAGUUUUAACAAUCCGCCGCCUCCUUUGGGAAACGGCGUGGAUAUCUCAGGGUUGACAUGCGGGCUCGCGCCCCCGUUCUGUGGAAAGUCCCGGUACCGCAGCAUCGACGGUUCCUGCAAUAACCUCCAGCGGCCCGUGUGGGGCAUGCCGCAGACGCCCUAUGGACGAUUAUUGCCUUUCAACUACGCUGACGGUAUAAGCGCUUGGCCAGUGUCUUCGACGGGGCAGCAAUUGCCAAACCCGCGCACAAUCAGCUUGGCACUGUUCCCCGACAAGAACCUCGUAGAUCCAGUGUGGAACCUGAAUGCGCAGCAGUGGGGCCAGAUCAUCACGCACGACAUGUCGCUCACGGCUGGAGUUACUCAGACUCACAAGGAACCGGUGACGUGUUGCGACGAUAGCGGGCAGUUAGCGCCCGCCGCCACCAACUCGCAGUGCCGGCCCAUCCUCAUCCCGCCGGGAGACCCCGUGCACGCGCCCUACGGCAGACAGUGCUUGAACUUCGUCCGAACCGGGACCACCAGAGACAGGGGCUGCACGCCCCCGGAUGCUCCCGCCGCCCCGUUGUCAGUAGUGACCGCGUACAUGGACCUGUCACAAGUAUACGGCAGUAGCAUCGGACAAGCGGCGCCGCUGCGGGAAUACCGCGGAGGACGCAUGGUGACGGUGCUGCGCGGGGGCCGCGAGUACCCCCCGCAGGACCCCAACGUGACGGUCACCUGCGAGUCCGCGCAGUCGCCCAACGAGCCCUGCUACUUGGCAGGUGACGUCCGCGUGAACCAGAACCCUCAGCUGACGUUGCUGCAGAUCAUCUUGCUGCGCGAGCACAACCGCAUCGCGGACGAGCUCGCGCACCACAACCCGCACUGGAAAGACGAGACGGUCUUCCAGGAGGCCCGGCGCAUCAACAUCGCUGAGAACCAGCAUAUCAACUAUUAUGAAUACUUGCCCAUCUUCCUUGGCACUGAGAACAUGAUAAAGAACAAGCUGAUCUACCCGGGCGUGCACGGCUACGUGAACGAUUACAACCCCAACGUGGACCCGUCUGUCCUCGACGAGCACGCCACCGCCGCCUUCAGACAUUUCCACACGCUCAUCCGCGGCUUCCUUCAGCUGAUAUCUGAAAACCGCAAACUACUAGGCGCAGUGCGCAUAAGCGACUGGUUCAAUCGGCCCCAAAUUUUGGAGAUCGGCAAUACAUUCGAGGACUUGACUCGGGGCUUGGCGACGCAACCGGUGGAUUUCAGCGACCAAUUCUGGACCAGCGAGAUGACACAGUUCUUAUUUAAACGUAACAACACGGUCGGAGGCGAUUUGCGCGCGACCGACAUCCAGCGAGGCCGCGACCACGGGCUGGCCAACUACGGGGCGACGCGCGCUGCGUGCGGGCUGCCCGUGCCCGCCACCUUCCACGACAUGACCGACUACAUAUCCCCGGAGAACGUGCGAGUGCUAGAGCAGCUGUACGCGAGCCCCGAGGACGUGGACGUGGUGGUGGCGGGCUCCCUUGAGCACAACGUGCCCGGCGCGCUAGCUGGCCCCACGUUCCUUUGCAUCCUCACCGAGCAGUUCUACCGCACGCGCGUCGGCGACCGCUUCUUCUACGAGAACGGCGCUGACCACGUCACCGCCUUCACCCCAAGUCAGCUGAAGAGCAUCCGCCGCGGCGCCUCGAUGGCGAGGCUGCUGUGCGACAACGCCGACGGCAUCCACAUCAUGCAGCCCAAGGCCUUCGAGCAAAUUAGAAGCGGAAACCCUCUAAUGCCGUGCGACCACUUGCCAGCUAUCGACCUCUCAUUAUGGAAGGAUGCCACCGGAUCGUACAAAUGAUUAUUUGAUUAAUACCUAAGUUGUACUAAGAUGAAGCAACAUGUAA